AUGCAUACCAACAGAAAGAGUAACCUCGGAAUGAAAAUGCAAAGAUACCUGAGAUGGAGCUGGGCUGCUGGAGAGUGGAGGAAGAGAGAGUAGUGGCUGGAUCUGGACCGUCGGCAGCGGCUGGAGUGGCUGGACCACCUGCGAGGAGUGGAGCUCAAGCCUCAACGACCGUUGGAUGCUGGAGAACAGAGGAGAGGCGCGAUCUGAAAGUGCAGGGUUUAAUGAAGAAGCUUAAAGGAGAUAGAGCAACGGCUGGAGGCUGGAGCUGGAGAACAGAGGAGAGAUGACGGCUGCUGGAGAAAAUAGGAGAGGCACGAUUGAAAUUGCAGGGUUAAGUGAAGAAGAAGCCACCCCCAGCCAAAACGACGUCCCAGCCAAAACGACGUCGUUUUGGCUGGGGAUUCUCUUUUUUUUUUUUUCCUUGCAUAAUGUACCGGUCAAAAUCCAGUGUACCGGUCGUAAAAUUUUGGUCGAUACACUAAAAUUUGACCGAUACA